AAGAGUCGGAGUGAUCUGUUUAUUUGUGUCAAAUUGUCCCCUUCUUUGCAUGGAUCUAACUUGUAUGAGUACAGUGACGGCUUAAAUUCACAAUGAGUGUCUCAUCGACUAAGAAGAAAAAAGAGAAAGAGGUCAAGGAUGAGGAGAAAAGCAGAGUUGGUGGGGAGAAAGAGAAAAAGAGAAGUCACCCUACUCUGCAGGAGCUGAAAAAGAAAGGACGAGAAGCAAUGAAAUCAGUAACAGCAAAAAGUAGUGAUGAUGUGACACAAUCUACUCCAAAACCAGAAAAGACGUUUAGUGACUGUCCACCGCCAUCUGCUGUGGGAACUGGUUUGGUAUAUGAUCCAGUAUUUUUAAAGCACACUAUUCCAUAUGAGUGUGAACCAGGUAAAUCAGAAAAUCCACAGAGAAUCAGUGUCUGUUAUGAAGCACUGAAGAAGGAGAAAUUGGUGGACCAGUGUAUAGAAAUACCGUCCAGGAUGGCAACUGAUGAAGAACUCCUGUAUCUUCAUAGUGCUGAACAUAUUGACAUUAUGAAAAAGACAGCAGAUAUGUCAGUGGAUGAGUUGAAAACAUUAAGUGAUAAUUAUGAUUCCAUUGCAUUUAGUAAAGAUUCCUUUGAGUGUGGAUCAUUUGCUGCAGGAAGUGCCAUAACACUGGUGGAACACAUUUUAUCAGGAAAAAUUAGAAAUGGUAUUGCUUUAACACGACCUCCAGGUCAUCAUGCCCAGCGUGAUAUUGCUUGUGGUUAUUCAUAUUUUAAUAAUGUUGCAUUGGCUGCCUAUCAUGCUAGAUACCAUUGUAAUGCAAAUAGAGUGCUGAUAGUUGACUGGGAUAUACACCAUGGACAAGGUACUCAGUAUCUUUUUGAGGAAGAUCCAAGUGUGUUGUAUAUUUCAAUUCAUCGAUAUGAACAUGGAUCAUUUUGGCCACAUUUAUCAGAUAGCGACUACCAAUGUUGGCAAAGGCAAGGGAAGAGGACUGGCAUGGGUGAUUCAGAAUAUAUUGCUGCAUUCCAUCAAAUAGUGUUACCAGUGGCUUAUCAGUUUGAUCCUGAUGUUGUGUUGGUGUCAGCAGGAUUUGAUUCUGGACUUGGAGAUCCAAAAGGUGAGAUGAAUCUAUCAUCUGAUGGCUUUGCUGUCAUGACAACCAUGUUAAUGUCAUUAGCUCAGGGAAAACUUGCUGUUGUGAUGGAGAGUAUUCUGGAUGUCUUAUCAGUUCACAGUAAUUACUGGAGAUGUUUUCAGUAUCAAGAACUAGAUGAAGACAGUGAUGGGCAAACUGUGGGAGUUGAAAUAAGUAGCGAUACUUUACAAGAACAGCAACAACCUGAAGAUGAUAUUGUAUCCGAUGUUCUCAGUAAAUUUACUGUUAUGAGGCUCAACUGCCCACCACACAGAACUGCUAUCACAUAUGAUGAAAGAAUGGGAGCACAUUAUGACCAGUGGUACAAGAUGGCGACAGAUGAUGAGAUAUUACUAUUACACAGUCUUCCUACAAAUGUGCCUGUCUGGCAGCCUGGUAGUGUCCUCAAUGUUGUACAGGAAGUGGUCACUGGAAAGGUUAGGAAUGGUGUAUGUAUUGUCAGACCUCCAGGCCAUCAUGCUGAACAAGACAAACCAUGUGGUUUUUGUUUUUUUAAUAAUGUUGCUUUAGCUGCUAAAUAUGCGCAGAAUAAUUUUGGUCUCAAAAGGAUUUUAAUUAUUGAUUGGGAUAUUCAUCAUGGUAAUGGUAUACAACAUAUGUUUGAGAAUGAUGACACAGUACUGUACAUAUCAUUACAUCGCUAUGACAACGGAUACUUUUAUCCAAGUUCAUCUGAUGCCAAUUAUGAUAGAAUUGGCAUAGACAAAGGAAAAGGAUACAAUGUCAAUAUUGCAUGGAAUGGGGCUAGAAUGGGAGAUGCUGAAUAUAUUGCAGCUUUUCAACAAAUUGUUAUGCCAAUUGCUAUGGAAUUUUGUCCUGAAUUAGUAUUGGUAUCAUCAGGAUUUGAUGCUGCUAAGGGGGAUCCAUUAGGUGGAUAUCACAUAACUCCUGAAGGGUAUAGUCACUUAACACAUAUGUUAUGUACAUUAGCAAAUGGUAAAGUCAUUCUUGUCUUGGAGGGUGGCUAUAAUUUAAACUCCAUCUCUGUAUCCAUGGCAAUGUGCACCAAGACAUUAUUAGGUGAUUCCUGCCCUGUUAUUGGUGAAAUUAUACCAUGUGACUCAGCAGUGGACUCCAUCUUAUCUACCUUACAUGCCCACAAUAUAUACUGGCAGUCUUUACAAUUUCAAGUAACGCUUCCAGAAACUGACCUGCAGAUGGAGGGAGGGGACACUGGAAUAAAACAAGAAUCAGGUAUCUCAGAUAGCCCUGCUGCUGGAGCUGGUGGUGAUGCUGGUAAUAUUGUCAUGGAGUUUGGUGGUGAUGUGGAUGACAGUCUUAGGGAGGUUAGUCGUAAUACUGGUGACAAUCUUAGGGAGUCUAGUGGUGACAACCUUCAAACCACGGCAGGCAGUGGUCUUGCAAAGUCAAAUGAUGCUACUGGUGAGAAUCUAGAGUCUCCAAAUAAAGAACAGCUUGUUGGACUUAUGCAGACACAAGAACAUGAGACAAAAUAUCCUGAAACCAGUCAAGAUCCAAGUUUGAAUAUUAGUACAGAUUCAGGAGUGUCUGAAUGCCAAGGUCAUCCAGUUUCACAUCUGGACACAGAGCAUGAGAUAAUGAUAUCUGGUAUGAAAGAUGUAAAAAUUAGUGAAAAUAUUGAUGACACUAUUGGUACCACACAGAUAACAUCUGGUUUAACCUGUCCAAAUGCGAUAACUGCAACAGCCGAUGUGGAUGAAGCUGGUGCAAUAAUACAAUGGACAUUACCCGUUAGCAGCGAUCCAAACAUAGUACUUACGCUGAACUCGAACCUAGGUAGUGGAGAUUUCUUCAGCAUCGGCAUACAUACUCUAAUGUACCAGGAGAUGAGCUCUACUGGCAUGCCUGGUGCAAGCUGUGAAUUCACUAUUGAAGUCUUAGAUGACCAACCACCCAUCAUAUCAUGUCCACCAGACCAAACUGUUGACUCCAUACUAUCGUAUGGAACACAAGUAACAUGGCCUGAUAUCUCUGCCACGGACAAUUCUCAAAGCGUUAGUGUUUUCUCAAGUCAUAGUCCCGGUGACUUCUUUACACCUGGUAAACAUCCUGUUGUCUAUAAUGCUUCCGAUCCAUCUGGCAAUAUGGCUGAGUGUACAUUCAUGAUAUACGUCAUAGAAGAAUCAACCAGUUUUGAUGGUAGUACUUCAGAAAACGUACCAUCUACCAGUUCAGAAAGUAAUACAGGAUCAUCAACCACUUCAUCUGGUCAACAAAUCAACACAUCUGAUUCAAAUCGUGAAUAUAAUUCUCUAAUUGAACAGGUCGCUACACUGCGGGAAGAAACGUCGGUUAUCGGAGAAGAUGUUACAGAGCAAGAAAUUAAACAUAUUCUGGACAACAUACAAGUGAUCGCGAAUGACGAAAGUUUAAUUAGCACACUUGAUGCGCCAUUUGAACAGCAGCAAUUGUUCAAGGAUCUCUUGGAAUCUUGCAGCGCAUUGUUGAAACGUAAUCUUACAUAUUUCUGGAGAGAACGUCAAAGCAAGAACCAGGUUGGUGUUUUGGAAGUAUUGGAAACUGUAGAUAUUGUAUCGAAUGAAGCCGCAGAAUUUCUAAUUGACUCUAUGCCUGGAUUUGCUGUUACGACACAUACUGAAAACAUUGACUAUGAAGCUCGGGUGUUCGAAAAGAACGGAUUUCGAGGUUACCGAUUUGAUGGCUCAGCUACCAAUGACGACUCAUCCUAUAUUGAGUUGCCGGCCUCGGCCAUUGAUGGCACGGUUAACGGCAAUUUUGUAAUCGUGGCCGCCAGAUAUGAAUCUGUUGACGACUUACUAAUGGAGAACGUAACCUCUGACAUCGUCACUCAAUCAAGAGGUACAAGCAAUGCAAAGCUGAACAGUGACGUCAUAUCAAUGCACGUACACCCGAGUCUAAAGAUAAUAGGAUCGGUGAAUACAGAGUAUCCGAUAUUGGUGAAACAUAAACUCAUUGCUCCUAAACAGAGCAAUGAAGAGAUUUUCUGCUCCUUUUUGGAUUACGGGACUGACACUCCCCAGUGGUCGACGUACGGUUCGGAUAUUGUAGAAACAACAGAAUCACACGUGUCCUGCCGAUGGUCUCAUCUAACGAAUUUCGCGAUAUUGAUGAUGCCUGUGGCAGUGCAAGGUAUGGAAAUGCACAACGACGUUCUAAAUGUACUAACAUAUAUAGGAUGUUCACUUUCACUUUUUGGUAUCAUACUGACGAUUGGUUCAAUAAUCUACUUCAGAUUAAAGUCUGAACGUUUCCUGAUAUUACUAAAUCUCACUGCGGUACUAGCUGCCGGCCAAAUCACGUUCUUGGCAGGUGCUGACGCCGCGCAUAAUCAGGCAGUAUGUACUUUUAUAGCUAUUCUUCUACACUACCUUUACCUCGCUGUAUUCCAUUGGAUGCUAGCUCAGGGAAUACAAUUAUACGUCAAGGUACGGAACAUUUGGCAUGGUCGUUACAGACUGGUGUCCUUUUACUGUAUCGGUUACGUCACACCAGUGGUAAUAGUAGCUGUAUCUAUGGCAACUGGACUCGAGAAUUAUGGAACUGCAUCAUACUGUUGGUUGUCUACAGGAGACGGUCAUAUUUUUGCAUUCAUUGGCCCGGCCAUGUUUGUUAUAUUGGUGAACUGUGUUGUACUGAUCGCCGUUAUGCGAGCUUUCAUGACUAUCCGAGCAACGGCAAAAAAGACGGAAAUUGAAAAAAUAAAGUCUGGAUUGCGUGCUAGUGUCCUGCUUCUGCCAAUAUUGGGGCUGACGUGGAUGUUCGGAAUUUUUUCAUUCAGUCAACACACAGUGUUUUUCCAAUACCUGUUCGUGAUACUAAACUCAACACAGGGGUUUGCCGUAUUUAUUUUUCACUGUGUGAUGAACGACGAAGUGAAAUCAGCCUGGCAUCGAAAAAGAGGCACGAGUGUCUUCAGUUCAGGAUAUUCUUCUUCGUCAGAAACUAAAUCAACUACUGCCACUAGUGCAAAGAUUGCCACCGUUUCAGAUGAAUACAUAACAAAAGAAAAAAUCGCACAAGCAUGGAAGUAG